AUGAUGUCUUCAUGCCACGAUAUAAUUAAUACUUCUUGUGUGAAAAGCGACUGGUCAAAUGAUGUUCGUGCUUCCCUUUACAGUCUAAUGGUGCUCAUAGUUCUAAUCACACUAGUUGGCAAUCUUUUUGUAAUUAUUUCCAUAUCACACUUCAAGCAACUUCAUACUCCGACUAAUUGGCUCAUUCAUUCCAUGGCCACCGUGGAUCUUCUGUUGGGGUGCCUGGUCAUGCCUUAUAGUAUGUUGAGAACUGUUGAGCAAUACUGGCAUUUUGGAGAAAUCUUCUGUAAAAUCCACAGCAGUGCAGAUAUUAUGCUGAGUUCAGCAUCUAUUUUCCACUUAUCCUUCAUUUCCAUUGACCGCUAUUAUGCUGUGUGUGAACCAUUGAGAUACAAAACCAAAAUCAACAUGUUGGUUAUUUUUGUGAUGAUCUUCAUCUCCUGGUUUGUUCCUGCUAUUUAUGCAUUUGGAAUGAUCUUUUUGGAGCUAAACUUCAAAGGAGCUCAAGAGAUAUAUUAUAAAAACAUUUACUGUAAAGGGUGUUGCUCUGUCUUCUUUAGUAAAAUAUCUGGGGUACUUGCCUUUAUGAUUUCUUUCUAUAUACCUGGGUCUAUUAUGUCAUGUGUCUAUUAUAGAAUAUAUUUUAUAGCUAAGGGACAGGUAAGAUCAAUUAAUGGUACCAAUCAACUUCAACCUGGACUGGAAGAGGAAAAUAGAAAUUCCCGAAGCAGAGAAAUGAAAGCUGCCAAAACCUUAGGGAUUGUGAUGGGAGUUUUCCUGAUUUGCUGGUGCCCUUUCUUUAUCUGUCUGGUUCUUGAUCCUUUCUUGGACUACACCAUCCCACCUGCCUUGAAUGAUUUACUGAUUUGGUUUGGUUACUUGAAUUCUACUUUUAAUCCAAUGGUUUAUGCAUUUUUCUAUCCCUGGUUCAGAAAAGCACUGGAGAUGAUCUUAUUUGGUAAAAUUUUCCAAAAAAAUUCUUCUAGGUACAAUUUAGUUUUAGAAGCAAAUUAA